AUGAUAGCUUGUGCAAAUGAAGUUCUGGGAAAAGAUGCUGCAUCUACUCUGAGUACAAUUCCACUUUCAAAUAACACAAUUACAAAAAGACAGGAUGAAAUGUCUAAUUUUGUUGAGGAGAAGAUUGUUGAAAUUCUCCAAAAGAUAAAUUUUUCUAUCCAGGUUGAUGAUAGCACAAUUCUUAACCAAGCUAUCUUUCUGGUCUAUGUCAGAUUCAACCAUGAAGAUGAUAUAAGGGAAGAAAUGUCUGAAACUACUAAUGGAGAAGAUAUAUUCAAUGAAGUAAUGCAGUAUUUUAAUGAUAAAAAUAUUCCAUUGACUAAUUUGAUCAACAUUGCAUCAGAUGGAGUUGCAGCCAUGACUGGAAAAAUGAAAGACUUUGUUUCUAGAAUGAAAUCAGUUGCUCCUUACAUCUUUUAUAUACAUUGCAUUAUCCACAGGCAGCAUCUUGUUGCUAAGAAUAUUGGACAGAUGGAAGAAGUACUCAACACUGCCAUACAUGCAAUUAACUUUGUCAAAUCAAACUUAAUGAAUAACAGAUUUUUUAUGCAAUUCUGUAAAGAUGAAGAUUUUAAAACCCUAUUGCUUCACACAGAAGUAAGAUGGUUGUCAAAAGGCCUGAGCAUUGAAAGACUGGUGAAUUUGUGGGAACCAUUAAUCAACUUUCUCAUGUUCAAGAACCUAGAAGAUUAUGAGCCAGGAGAUGAAAAUUUUGAGGUGGCUGAAAUGUUGGACUUGAAAGAGAAUAUGAAACUGAGAAGAAGAGUUGAAAAAGGGGGUGUCUUUGCCUACAUAUCGAUAAAGGGAUCACACCCAAAUAUUUUUCGACAUGUAGCAAGCAUCAUUUCUUUCCCUACCACAUGGAUGGUGGAAUCUGCAUUUUCAUCUGUUGUAGAUAUUUUAAGUAGAAAAAGAAAUAAAUUAGAUGUCAACAGCAGAGGAACUAUCAGACUCAGACUAAAUGAGUUCAUUAAAAUUGAUUAUGAUAUCUUGUGUGAGAAACACCAGUAUCAAGCUAGUCACUAG